UCAAUCGUUUUUUGUUGAUGUGUUGUUGUUGACUGUGGGUCCUUCACGUCAAAAUAUUAUUUAUAAGUUUUAUUAGAUAUUGUUUGAAUUCUAUUUAGUUUUGCUUCAUCAAUUGGCUUAAACAUCGUUUAAUAAUAUUAAAAAGCUUUAGAGGCUAAAUUAUUUCAAUAUAACACUAUUUAGAUUGGUAUUUACACCUUCUUUUGUUUAAAAUUCCCUUGCGUGACAAAUGUCACUUACUAUGACACCAAUAAAACAAUUUCAUUUACCUUUAAAUAAAGAAAAGCAAUGACUAAAAAUGUCAUCAGGAACGCUUUCUGCUGUGGGAACUUUCAUGCAAAGCCCACUAGUUUCAUGGGCUAAAACAUUCCAAGAUGAGGAAAAAAAGACAUUGGAAUACCGGUGUCUUUGUGAUGGGAUUUUUCUGUAUAAUUUGUGGCUAGAAAUAGAUCCACAUCCUCCUUACCAUGGAGUUAGUUCUUCAACUGAUGAUCUUGCUACUAGAAUACGGAAUUUGGACAUUCUGCUGCAUAAUAUUAAAGCAUUCUAUGAAGAUGUUUUGGGGCAACUGUUGUUAAUAAAAAUUCCAGAUAUAUUAACAUUAGCUAAGCUGCAUGAUGAUAAAUCUAGUGUCAAUGAGAUGGAAGUUUUGUUGUUAUUAAUACUUGGAUGUGCUGUCCAGUGUGAAAGAAAAGAGCAUUUCAUUGAAAUAAUAAAAUCUCUGGAUUUGGAAAUUCAGCAUAAAAUUGUAGAUUACAUUCAGAAAGUAACAGAUAAUCCUGAAGCCAUAUGGACAAAUGAGUGGAAUGAACUAGCAUUAGUCCCACCUGAUGAUCAGGAACACAUGUUUAGUUUGCUGGUACAGCACCUUCGUCGUCUAGUCAAAGAAAAAGAUGAUUUGUCUCAGCGAGUUAUUCAAUCUGCACUUCAAAAUUUGUGUUUCACAUCUGGAACUAGCACUCUAAGCCCAUCAAGUUCCUCUAAUUUGGAUAAGUCCCACAUGAUUGUUGAAUUGGCUGAUGCUAAAGCAAGGUUGAGGAAACUUCAACAAGAAGUUGAAGAAAAGAAUGAAGGUAUAACUGAACUAAGGGAAGAAUUAGAAAAAUCCAAAGAGAUACAAUGCAAAUUACGCCAAGAGAACCUCGAAUUAAUUCAAGAUGCUAGAACAGCCAAAACUUAUAGAGAUGAAAUUGACAUCUUAAAGGAGCGGGUGCACAAAGUUGAUCGGUUAGAAAGUGAGAUACAGAGGUAUAAGGACAAGAUGAAUGAACUUGAUUUCUAUAAGUCAAGAGUUGAGGAAUUAAGAGAAGACAACAGAAUUCUUGUGGAGACUAAGUCUAUGCUGGAAGAACAGUUGGAAGCUAGCAGAAAACGAGCAGAGCAAGUUGUUGAAUUGGAAGCCGAAAUUUUAAAAUACUGUUCACAGAUCAAUGAAUUGAAUAUAGAAAGAGAUGCAGGCAGGGAGAAAAUUCAACAGUUGCUUGAGGAAAAUGCUCAACUUCACAUUGAGCGAAAAGCUUCAAUGGAAGAAUUAGUUCAGCUUCAGAGUGAACUUUCUCAGGCAUUUACUCCUUCUCCACUGGAAAAUCACAGUCUCAUGGAGCAAUUGAACACAGAAAAUCAAAGUAGGGUGUUGCAGCUUGAGCUUGAAAACAAAAGACUGCAUAUGUUGGUUGAAAGUUUGAAUCGGUCACCAUCGUUUGAAGUUACUGAUCCUAUUGGGACCCUUCGAGAGGAACAAAAGAUUUUAAAGGAAAAGAACAAUAAUUUAGAGAAAGAGAUCUCAGAUUUGAAAUUAUCUGCAAAGAAGUUCACAGCGCUGGAAAAUCAGUGUGUUGAUUACGAAAAAUUAGUUACUGAUUUAAAACAGAAGCUGAAAGAUCAGCAAUUUGAGAUACUUAAAUGUGAGCAGUUGGAGCACAACAUCACUACACUUAAUAAUGAGAAUCAGAAGCUUCAAAAAAUGGUAGAAACAGCUCAGAAAAAAUCAAAUGAUUUUCAACAGGAUAUACAGGCUCUUGAGAAUGAAAACCAAAAAUUAAAUAAUAUAGUGGAAAGCUUAAAGCUUGCUGAUAGAAAAUAUCAUGACCUGGAGCGAGAAACUACUAAUUUAGAAACCAUAAAUCAUAGAUUGGAACAGGAAAUGAAGGGACUAGAAAAAGAAACUGCCCGUCUUAAAGCUGCAAUUGAGUCAAAAGAUUUAAAAAUUGAAGAAUUUGCUUCCCGUGCUGCAUACUUAGACAGAGAAAAUAAACAUUUUGUAAAAGAGGUUGAAAAUCUGAAUCAAGUAGCAACCAAGUUCAAAGAAUUAGAAAGAGAAAACAAAGAUCUAACUCAACAAACUGCUGUAGAUAAAAAAUCCUUGGAAGCUCUCAGACAAGAUUUAGUGUCUGAAAAAAUUGCAAAUCAACGAUUAAAUACUGAAGUGCAAAAGUUGAGAACUGAGUUUGAAAUCAAAAACUCACCUGCAGAAAUAUUCUCCUGUCAAAUCGAAAAUUCACAAAAUGAACUUAAAGGUGCUGAUAAGUAUUUAUGUGAGAAAGAACAAAAAACUGAUAGUCAAAAGCUUAGUAAUGUUGAUUAUAACCACACUAGUGUCCAUGUUAAAGCAGAUCAUGAAAAAGAAUUGGAAGAUCUCAUUGGUAAUCCUUCAUCUAAUAACUUCUCCUCAACAUCGCAAAACAUUGCAACAACUCCUGAUCACAAUGAACAGAGCAUAUCAAAGAAAUUAGUUUUUUCGAGCGAAACUUUACGUGAACUUGAAGAACUGAAAGCUGAUGUUAUAGAAUUAGAGAAAAAAAAAUCUGCAAUUGAGGAUGAAAAUUAUAAUUUAAAUAACCAAGUAUCCCUGCUAAAGGAUCAAAACAACAAUCUAAAAGGUCAGUUAGACUCUGUAGAAAAGAAUUUAUCCACAGUUCUAUCCCAAAACAAUUCCCUGCAAUCUAAAUUAGCUAAACUUGAAGUUGAAAUCACUGUCGUGUCUUCCCAGAAUAAAACUUUGGCAUCACAAAAGACUCUAUUUCAAUCUCAGUUCUCAAAUUUGGAAGAACAGUUGAAAAAGGUCAGCCAACAAUGUGUUGAUUUAGAGAACCGUAAUAGGUGCCUUUCUACUGAUAAUGAUUCCUUACAGAGAUUGCAUGAGCAAUUAACAAAUGACUAUGAUGCUAUAGCUAAGGGGAACAGCUCAUUAAAGUCUUAUAACAAAACUUUAAAGCUUGAGUGUAGUGAUUUAAAGGAAAAGCUGCAGGCAGCUCUGAUUUCCUAUGAAGAAGUAAUGCGAUUAAGAGAAGUUCUUGAGCAAGAAGAUUCAAGAGUUGAUUCUAGACUGCUUAAUAAUUUGAGAUCUGAUUAUAUUCAGCUUAAGGAUCAGAUGAAGUCUUUGCGUGAAAAUCAUGAAGAAGUAACAACUGAAUUGAAAGCAUUACAAACCAUUCACAAAACCCUUAAGACUGAAAACAAUGAACUGAAAUUAAAGCAUACAGCUUUGCAGGGAGAGCUUCUUGAAUGCCAAAAUGAAACAUCAUCACUUGAUGUAGAAGUUUCAAAACUCACGAGCUGCUGUGAGUUGCUGUCUCAGAAGAAUUCAAUGAUGGAAGAAGAGCAACAGUCACUUAUGACUCAUUUGUCUGUGUUGCUUAGUCAGUAUCAUGAACUUCUUUUUCAAGUAAUUUCAGAGCAGAACCAGUUCCGUAAAGAAGAAAACAGCUUUAGAGAAAAACUGAGAGAAUUGUGCCAACAGAAAGAAAAACUCGAGCAAAGACUAAUAGAUCAUUCCAGUAAAUUACAAAAAUCUCCUAAAAGGAAACCAACAAGUGGUAGCUCUUUACGAAUGCGGAGGACUCGAUCUGCAUUUUUAAGGAAUGGCAAGCAUAAUGAUCCUCUCAGUAGCCAAUCAGAUAAUUCCACAGAUUCAAGCCUAUAUUGUAGUCUUCGCCGACCUAAUAAAUCUCUUGGAUGGUCUCAUAAAAAAAGUAAUAUUUUAAACCUGGAAGAUUCAUGUCAGGAAGAUCAUAUCCCUGUGAGGGAUGUUGGACUAGGUGUUCAAAAGGAUAGAAAUUCAGAACAAGCUACAACACCUGCAGAUAAGAUUGACACUGCUGACACUGAGCUUAAGAAGGAGAUUGGACAAAAGCAUACGACUUUAGAAAACAACAUGACAUUGAAUUUUGUCACAAACUUGACUAGUUCGGAUAUGCUGGCUUACAACUCUCCUCCAGCUUUCUCCAGAAGUGCUUCCUCUCAGCAAAUCUCGCCAUACAAUACUUCUCGUCAUCACUUUUCGCCAGAUAACUCAUUUCAGCCCUUGUCAUACAUUGCACCUUCCACUGAUAUACUAAGGAGCUCUUCAAUUGGCAACAAACCCACACGCCCACUAUCUGCUUAUUGCUCUGACACUAACAGCAAUAUUGACACCACCGAGGCUUCCAAGAUUUCUAGGACUAAAACUGAAAAAACUCAAGACCAAAAUAAUAGCUCUCGAUCGAAGGAAAAGUCUAUUGAAAAUUCUGUCUGGUAUGAAUAUGGCUGUGUCUAGUAUCGUUAAUGUUUCUCUGACUACCAUUUGUCUUUACUUUGGAUUUGGGAAUAAUAAUUGCAUCACAUACUACUACCAGUAUUAGUAAUGGUUACAUAAGAAGAAACUACUGAAGUUUAUUUUUUUUUUUUUUUCAAUUGACAAAAAGAUUUUCACAAAUUUGCUAUUCUAGAUUGCUCAGUGUUUUCCAGACAAGGAAUUAAGGCAGGCGUGGUAUUAAGUUUAAAUUUUGAGCAGCAUUUUAUAGGAGGAAAAAAAUUGUCAAAAUUUAAGUCAAGGGUGCUUUAGACAUAAAGACUGAUUAUGGUUUUGCUCUCUGUUAAUAAAUUUCAUUGUUAUCAUUGUGUUAAAUUUAUAUUCUCAUAAUCAUUUGACAGUUAAAAUGUGUUAUUAUCUCUGCCAUGAUUAACUCAAUGUGUUCGAAUUUUCGUUUUUAUAAAUCAAGACUUUUUUUCUCCUUAAUAUAUAUUCUUUUUUGAACAUUUAUCUUUCUAUCCCCAUCUUUCUUUUAAUAAUUUUGUUGUUCAGAUUAAUGAAAAUUAAUCAUGUCUUGAAGGUGGGGUAUCUUUUAAUUUUUAUUUUGCUGACAUAAGUUUUUCUUUCUUUAUAACCUAUAGGUUAAAAAAAAAAAUCACGAUUGUAAACAUUUAAAUAAUGUGUACCUUUAAAAAUUUAACUGCUGUACCAUAAUGGUAAAGUUUAUUUUAUGUAGUUGCAGAUCUUCUGCACCACUUAUUAUUUUUAAUAUAAAGCGGUGCGAUCAGCAAAACUUUUUGAAGCAGUGAGGGUAUGUUAUUUUUUUAAAGUCUAAUUGCUUUGACUUUUACAUUAGGCCAUUUUUAAUGAGUUAACUGUCUCAGUCAUAAAAAAAAUUACAAUUUUACCAUAUUCUUGAUUUUAUCAUUAUCUUUUGAAGUUUUUUUCAUUAUUUUUUUAAAAUAUAUUAUGUCUCAUAUUCCUUUUAAACAUCAUGAGUAAUUUUUUGUUAGUAAAAAGUCUUUUAGUGGACCUCAAAUGUAUGUUCUUUUUGUUUGAAAAAGCUUUAAAAUUUGUGAAAUUUAUAUAAUAAUCAAGUGUUAAUUAAAUGAAACCUAUUCCUGUAAAAUAUUCUAUUUCUCUCUGUUUAGAGAAAAUUAAUCUUUUUUUUUUUCAAACUUAAUUCUGUCCUGGUGAUAUAUGUGCUUUUAAUCAAAACUAUUGCUUGUUAGUUCCUUUGUUUUUUAAUUAUCUUAGCUGUUAAUAAUACUUUUACGAAGUGAUAUCACUUGUUUGAACUGGUGCUAUUCAGGCUGUUGGAAAGAGCUGAUCUGCACAAGAAAUGCUUUAUCUUGCAUCUAGUUUCAUUUCCUGCUCAUAAAAAAGUAUUUAAUCAAGUUUUGCACAAAAAUGCAUACCAUUUGUUUCCUUCUUUUAUUGUGUGGUAUAAAGUAUGUAUGAAGUUCUUGCUUCUCAAUAGUUUAGAAGUGUGUUAUUGUAUAAGAUUAAAGCUGUGUAGGGAAAAGGUAGUUUGCAUGCUCUGCACUUGCCACAAUAUCGUAUUAUUAUAACUGAAAUAUUGGUGACUCAGUGUCUGCUAACAUUAACUAUUUUAAAACAUUUUUCAAGGUAAGGGUUAUUUUUAUUUUUUACAACUUUUCCAUAAUGAAUAAAAUAAUAAAGCCAAUAAUUUUAAUAUUUGUAGUUAUUAAAUAUUUCAUUAUUAUAAAAUUCAAUAUCAAUAUUCACAAUUUUUUUAGAAUUUGUGCUUCUUAAUGUAAUUGAGUCCUUACUAAAAAUUAACCCUAUAAAUGUUGUAAAAAUAAUAUUUCAAAAUGCUAUAUUAAUGUUGAUUGUCAAUUUAAUUACUCUCUCUAAUUAUAUGUGUGCUUAAUUAUGGGAUUUACAUCGAUAACUUCAAUCGGAAAUAAGGAUAUGUAAAUUUGUUUAUUCCAAAUUUUCGACAAUUACGUGUUGGAAAACUUUUCUUUGUUGGUGUCAUUGAUGUUAGAUAUUUAAUUUUUUUAUUCUUAUUAAUCAUUUAAAAGUACAGGCAUAAUCUAAUGAAUUCUUCCUUUUUCUUUCUUACUUUGAUCUCUUGAAUUUAAAAAUAAUUUUUUUAUUUAGAUUCAUUGAAUAGUUUUUACAUUUGUAACUUCCUUUUAUUAAUGCACGAAAAAAAUCUGUUUACCUGUUUUUUAGCAAAAGAUUUUACAGUUUAGCAUUUGUUUUAGACUAAUAUCUUUCUUCAGUUUAUGAAAUUUUAUGUGUUAAUCGUUUGAAAUUGGCUACGGUAAUGUUUGUGUUGUUUUUAAUUUAAAAUUUAAGUGUAUAAAAUAAAUUAUAUAUUUGUAUAAAUGUAUAUUCAAUCUUUAUUUUUUGUUUAUUUUAUAAUGUUGUAUCAAUUUAAAAAUUGGUAUUAAGAAAAAGCUAUGAUAUUUUAUUCCAAUUAAUGCCUAUACAUGUAUUAAAAGGGAAUUUUUUUUCUUCUAUUUUACUGUUUGACACAGUAUCUUACAUUUAAUAAUUGGUUGAGACUCAACUGCAUUUAUUCUUGAAAGUUUCUUGGAAGUCUCAAACCAUGCAUUUUCUUGUCGACUGUGAUACAUUUACUUAAUCUAAGUUUGUAUUUCAAAAUGAUCUCUCUUUUUUAAUUUUUCUUAAAAUUGCAAUUUUAUUCUCAUUUUAUAUUAUUUUGUACCAUUGAAUUUUCCAUAUUUUUAUAAUAUAUUUUAUUUUUAAAAAAUUCAAUAAUACGUUUUAUGGUGAUUUUUUUUAUCAAAAAAUAAUUCUUAUAAGCUGCAUUUAGUAUUCAAUAAAAAAAAAAUUUGCAUUAACUGUAACUGCUGUUGGUUUCAAAGAAUUUUUCUUUAUUUUUAGUUAUUGCUUUUUAUUUUAAUCAAACCCCUUGAAUUUUAUAUAAUUGAAUAUUAUUACCAUUUUUGCCUUUAAUUUAAAAGAAGCUCCGCCUUCUAACAACAGGAUUACCAUUAUCCUUUAAAGAUAUGGUAUACUAAACAUCACUUGAAAGCAAGUGGUAAUAUAGACUUCAAAUUUGCAAUCAAAUUUUAAUUACAUGAAUUCAUUUGCAAGAAAUAUUAAAUCUAGUUACCUUCAGAAACUAAAUUUAUCUCUUCAAAUUAAUAAGUAAAAGUCUUAUCAAAUGCUCUAGCAAAAGCAUAUGCUUAUGAGUCCAGUUUUAAAAUUGAAAACUCUUUUUUGUCAAACAGGCCAUUUAAAUCAAAUCUAUUAUCUUUUUAUAAGAAAACAUAUCCUAAAUUUUUAUAUUCUGUUUAAUCAAAAAAUUUGUAUUGCAAACAAUUUGUCUAAAAGUUUUGCAUUUAGUGGGGCUCUCAUGUACUAGAAUUCACAUGUACUUAAUGAAUUUAUUAAGUGGUAUAUUCUUUAACCCUUUAUAAGGAUUUCCCACAAACAUCAUUAAUUCUUAUGUUUAGUUAAGAAGCUAUUUUCACAAUUUGUGAGGCCAUCUUCUGAUAACUUUAGUAAUUACAAAAGAAAUAAUAAUAAUACAAACGAAGUUUACAUGAAUGCGAGUUACAGUAAAGGUUCUUGUGAGGUCAAGAAGAAAGGAUACCACUGGUGAGCUAUUUUCUCUGGUUGCUUUGUGUUCGCUUUUUUUUUUAUAUAAUUUCUCAUUGAAUUUAUUAUUAAACACAGUUCAUACAGUUAUUUAUAAUCACAGAAGUUCAAAUUAAUGACCAACUCUUACAGUAAGAAAAAAUU